GCUGGGGAUGUUUGUCUGGGGUCUGCCUGGUUACGGUAGUGCGCAUGCGGGCCCUGAGAGGUGAGAAGGGCACAGCGGUGGGAGUGGGCGCAAGCAGCCAUAGCCGGACCUGCGUGCGCAGCUGCUGGUGAUGGUGGUCUUCGGGUGACAGAGGGCGCACACUGCGGGGAGGAAGGCGGUGAGGUCUGGGAGGAGGAGGAGGGACACGUGCCUGGUGUAUGCUGGCUUGCGCAGAUGCUGGUGUUUGCGGGGUGACAGAGGUGCGCACACUCUGGAGAGGAAGUGGGCGAGGUCUGAGAGUCAGUGAGAGAGGAUCAGAGACACGUCGUAGCUGGUGUAUAUGCUUGCAGUCUGCAUUGGUGACGUUGUCCCGUCAAGUUCAUUGGUCUUCAGCUUGAAGUGAUCCUGUUGCCGUCCUAGCUGGUGGCUAGUGUAGUUGCUGAAAAGGAUAGUUUUUUUUUGUCUAUCGCUCUCGCUCGUUCUUCUUCCAAAAUUACACCCAAGGAAAAGGCUGGCCGGUUCGUGGAGAAGUGGAACUGGGCUGUGAUUUAGGUAGUUCAUCUCUGGACCUCUAGACGAUCAAGAUGACAGGCAAGUCGAGCGCCUCGUCGGGCAGGGCCAGGGGCGGCAGCAGCAGCAGCAGCAGCAGCAGCAGCCGUAACAGCAGCAGCAGGAGCAGCAACAGCAGCAACAAGCAGAGCUCCUCCUCGCACAAUCAGAACGUCGGGAGCGGUGGCACGGGACAGCCGUACAAGUCAGACUACGCAAUGGUCAAAGAGGGAGGGUGGAGUAACAUGCAUGGCUUCAUGCACUCGUACGGCAUCAAGCCCACAGGGGACGGGGCAUAUGGGGAGGCGAAAGCCAUCCUGGAGGGCUUCAGAGAGCACAGCCAGCAGAAGUAAGAGUAAGAACGAGGGGGGGGUGAAGUCCCACUAGCAGGGUUGGUUUCCUUAAUGCCUGAAUCUGGACGUGUUUGAGGAUGAUGAUGAUGAUGAUGAUGAUGGCGAUGGAAAUGGAAAAUGGGUGGCGAUGGUGGUGGUGAUGAUGAUGAUGAUGACGAUGGAAGGGGAAACUGUGUGGUGGUGAUGACGAUUAUGCUGAGCUGUGUUGAUGAUGGCGAUGAUGGGAGUUAUGUGAUGACUUGACACUCGCUCAUGAUGAUGAUGAAGAUGAUGGUGAUGAUGACAAUGAAGAUGAUGACGAUGAAGAUGAUGACGGCAGUUACGUGAUGACGUGGCAGUCUCUCACGGUGGUAGCGUCGAUGACAGUGAGGAGGAGGAGGAGGAGGGUGACGUAGCACUCGCUGAUCAGGGGAGCUUUGAUGAUGAUGAUGACGAUGAUGGAAGGGAAAGGAAAACUGGGCGGUGAUGAUAACAACGACGUAUUUUAGUGAUGCUGCUGCUGCUGCUGCUGAUGAUGAUGGUAACGAUGGCGUUGAUGGCAGUUCUGUGAUGACGUGGCACUCACUCAUGGUGCUAGCGUCGACGAUCAUGGGGAUAAUGGCGAAUAUGUGAUGACGUUGCUCUCGCUGAUGUGGAACGCUUCUAGAUGAUGAUGGAUGCGGAAACCUGGGAGUUGGUGGUGAUAACCACUAACCACCAUGAUGAACUUGAGCGAUGAUCAUGUUGAUGAUGGUGGUAGUGCUGAUGGUGAUGCUAAUGACAUUGGUGAUGGCUGUUGUGUGAUCACCUGGCACUCUCUCAUGGUGGUAUGAUGAUAUGAUGAUAAUGGUGGCAAUGAUGAUAUGAUGAUAAUGGUGGCAAUGAUGAUAUGAUGAUAAUGGUGGCAAUGAUGGCAGUUUAAUGAUACCAUGGCAUGACACUCGCUCAUGGUGGUAGCGUCGAUGGAAUUGAUCAUUAUGAUGGCGACGAUGACGAGGAGGAUGAGUGAUGUCUGCCUAUGAAUUUAGGAGGCAGCCUACGAGCUGCGAGCUCUGUAGAGAAAGACCUGUACAGGCCUUAUCCUGUAAGCUAAUCUGGAUGAUGUUCCUAGUAACAUCCAUCCGGGAGUAAUGUUGAGGUCCCCGGCCUCUAAUUCGUAAUGAAAUUUGGCUUUUUUUUCUUUUCUUGUUUUUUAAACAAAGCUGCCUUUUCCUC